AAUUAAAAUGACAUCAUCAGGAAUAUUGCUUCUAGUCCUUUUAGCUACAGCCUCAGCCUUCACUUACAAUGAAGCAUUGGCUAAAGAGUAUGCUGCAAUGUCUUUUGCUGCCUAUUGUCCAAAUACAGCAAUCCAUAAUUGGUCUGUUGGUUAUGUAAGCAGCAUGUAUCCAGAUUUGACUAACAUUGAAGUUUUUGAGAAUCUUGUUAGUGUAAGAUUUUAAGUUUAAUUUUAGGGAACAAAAGGGUAUAUUGCAUACAAUAAAAAAUUAUCAGCUAUUGUAGUUAUAUUUAGAGGCUCAUCUAAUAUUUAAAAUUGGAUUGAAAACAUUACUUUUGGAAAAACUGCUUACAAUACAGCCUGCAAAUGCAAAGUACACACUGGAUUUCAUGAUGCUUUCAUGUCUCUUAAACCAAAACUUGACACUUUAUUCCCAGGAUAUACAACCAAAUAUCCAUAUGCUGCUAUUCAUGUUGGUGGACAUAGUUUAGGUGGUGCCAUGGCUACAUUAUAUGCCUUAUAAUUAGCUGAAUCAGGAAAAACAGUUCAAUUGUUCAGUUAUGGUUCACCAAGAGUAGGAGAUCCAGAUUUCUAUGAUUGGUUCACCAAAUAUACAAAAAUUACUCAUUUCAGAGUUGUACACCAAAAUGACACUGUUCCUCAUGUAUAAAAUAUAUUUAUAUAAUAUAGCUUCCAUUUUAUCCUUAAGGAUUCUAUCAUGUGGAUAGAGAGAUCUGGUAUCAUGAUGGAACUCACACUGUUUGCGCUGCAAUUAGAGGAGAAGAUAAAGAUUGUUCAUGGAAGGUUUCAAAUAAAUCUAACGCGGACCAUAACACUUAUAUAGGAUUAACUUAUGUUGAUUGUUGA